AUGUCUCUCUCUGGGCUCACAGGGACGUGUCUCUGGGAUCACAGGGACAUGUCUCUGGGCUCACAGGGACGUCUCUCUCUGGGCUCACAGGGACGUCUCUCUGGGCUCACAGGGACGUCUCUCUGGGCUCACAGGGACGUCUCUCUGGGCUCACAGGGACGUCUCUCUGAGCUUACAGGGACGUCUCUCUGGGAUCACAGGGACGUCUCUCUCUCGGCUCACAGGGACGUCUCUCUGGGCUCACAGGGACGUCUCUCUGGGCUCACAGGGACGUGUCUCUGGGCUCACAGGGACGUCUCUCUGGGCUCACAGGGACGUCUCUCUGGGCUCACAGGGACGUGUCUCUGGGCUCACAGGGACGUGUCUCUGGGCUCACAGGGACGUGUCUCUGGGCUCACAGGGACGUGUCUCUGGGAUCACAGGGACGUGUCUCUGGGAUCACAGGGACGUCUCUCUGGGCUCACAGGGACGUGUCUCUGGGCUCACAGGGACGUGUCUCUGAGCUCACAGGGAUGUCUCUCUCUGGGCUCACAGGGACGUGUCUCUGGGCUCACAGGGACGUGUCUCUGGGAUCACAGGGACAUGUCUCUGGGAUCACAGGGUCGUGUCUCUGGGAUCACAGGGACGUCUCUCUCUGGGCUCACAGGGACGUCUCUCUCUGGGCUCACAGGGACGUCUCUCUGGGCUCACAGGGACGUCUCUCUGAGCUUACAGGGACGUGUCUCUGGGUUCACAGGGACGUGUCUCUGGGAUCACAGGGACAUGUCUCUGGGAUCACAGGGUCGUGUCUCUGGGAUCACAGGGACGUCUCUCUCUGGGCUCACAGGGACGUCUCUCUCUGGGCUCACAGGGACGUCUCUCUGGGCUCACAGGGACGUCUCUCUGGGCUCACAGGGACGUCUCUCUGGGCUCACAGGGACGUCUCUCUGA